AUGUGGCUGCUGGGGCCGCUGUGCCUGCUGCUGAGCAGCGCCGCGGAGAGCCAACUGCUCCCCGGGAACAACUUCACCAACGAGUGCAACAUCCCGGGCAACUUCAUGUGCACCAACGGGCGCUGCAUCCCGGGCGCCUGGCACUGCGACGGGCUACCCGACUGCUUCGACAAGAGCGACGAGAAGGAGUGCUCCAAGGCCAAGUCGAGAUGCAGCCCGACGUUCUUCCCCUGUGCCAGCGGCAUCCACUGCAUCAUCGGCCGCUUCCGGUGUAACGGGUUCGAGGACUGCCCCGACGGCAGCGACGAAGAGAACUGCACAGCAAACCCUCUGCUCUGCUCCACCGCCCGCUACCACUGUAAGAACGGACUCUGCAUCGACAAGAGCUUCAUCUGCGACGGCCAGAACAACUGCCAGGACAACAGCGACGAGGAAAGCUGCGAGAGCUCGCAAGAGCCGGGCAGCGGGCAGGUGUUCGUGACGUCGGAGAACCAGCUGGUGUACUACCCCAGCAUCACCUACGCCAUCAUCGGCAGCUCCGUCAUCUUCGUGCUCGUGGUGGCCCUGCUGGCGCUGGUCCUGCACCACCAGCGCAAGCGCAACAACCUCAUGACGCUGCCGGUGCACCGGCUGCAGCACCCCGUGCUGCUGUCCCGCCUCGUGGUGCUGGACCACCCGCACCACUGCAACGUCACCUACAACGUCAACAACGGCAUCCAGUACGUGGCCAGCCAGGCCGAGCAGAACGCCUCGGACGUGGGCUCCCCGCCCUCCUACUCGGAGGCCCUGCUGGACCAGAGACCCGCGUGGUACGACCUCCCUCCGCCGCCCUACUCUUCCGACACCGAGUCCCUCAACCAGGCCGACCUGCCGCCUUACCGCUCCCGGUCGGGGAGCGCCGACAGCGCCAGCUCCCGGGCGGCCAGCAGCCUCCUGAGCGUGGAAGACACGGGCCUGGGCCCCGGGCAGCCCGGCCCCCCGGAGGGCACCGCCACGCCCAGGGACUCCGUGCCCGGCCAGGGCCCCGAAGAAGUAUAA